AAAAACAAUGUAACUGAAUUUAUUCUGCUUGGCCUUACACAAAAUCCAGAGCUAAGAAAAAAUUUCUUUCUCAUCUUUUUAAUCAUAUAUAUUCUCACAAUUAUAGGAAACUUGCUCAUUUUCAUAACGUUGACUGCCAGCCAAACUUUGAGAUUUCCCAUGUACUUUUUUCUAACCUUCUUAGCAAUAGUGGAUGCUUCCUGCUCUUCAGUCAUUGCUCCUAAGAUGGUUGUAGAUUUACUCUUUAAGAAGUCAACCGUCUCCCUGGAAGGCUGUCUGACUCAGCUCUUUGAAGAGCAUUUGUUUGGUGGUGUUGGAAUCAUCCUCCUUGUGGUCAUGGCUUAUGAUCGCUAUGUGGCCAUCUGCAAACCCCUGCACUACAUGACCAUCAUGAAUCCUCGUGUGUGCUACCUGCUGGUGGCAGCAGCCUGGAUUGGAGGCUCAGUACAUGCCACCAUACAACUCCUCUUCUUCCCCCAUCUUCCCUUCUGUGGCCCUAAUGUUAUUGUUCACUUCAUGUGUGAUUUGUUUCCACUGCUGAAACAGGCCUGCAUGGAAACCCAAGUUCUUGGUCUUUUAGUCAUUGCUAACAGUGGGGUAAUGUGCCUGUCAAUCUUUCUCAUACUAGUCGUGUCCUAUGUUGUUAUCCUCUCUUGCCUGAAGGGUGGUAGCUCACAAGAGAGGAGAAAGGCCCUUUCCACCUGCCACUCUCACUUCACAGUAGUGGUCUUGUUUUUUGCACCCUGUAUCUUCUUGUAUGUAAGGCCAGUAGCCAUUUUUCCUAUAGAUAAACCUGUGGCUGUAUGUUUUACUAUGAUUAUUCCAAUGUUAAACCCCUUGAUCUACUCUCUUAGGAAUACAGAGGUUAAAAAUGCCUUUGACUGUUUCAGAAAACUCAGCUUACCAAUUGGAAAUCAUUCAAAUGCAGCAGAAGAUUGCAAAUUUUUUUAUUGUAAAUAUUAA